CUGGUGCUUCACUUUUUAGCUUCCGCUUCAGUCUUCUGCUGCCAAAUCUAUCCAUUUAUUCCGGCAACUUCUUUUUAUUUUCCGGUGUAUCCAGCUUAAAGGUACCUCAAACCUUUCCACUCUAAACAUGAAUCUGAUCAAUCGUACUACGGCCACCGGUUUAUUCUGCCCCGGCAUUAAAAAUGGCGUGAAGCAGCACAGCUUGUUCCCCUUUGUAUCGGCGCCGCCCGUUACCCUGUCGAAAACGAAAAGCGAAGAGGAGCUGGACAGCCUGGAUGACGGCGACCUUUUGCGCGGACCGUCGAAGCCGGAGAGGCGUGAUUGCGAGCUCCGCUUACGGGCGUCGGGCAACGAAGACGGCUCUCUACCGCCCACGCCGGGAACGCCGCCGGACUACGGGAGAAUGCCGACGUUUCCCAACGAAGUGCUGAACCAUGAGACGCAGGAUCUUAUCGAGACCUUCUUACGGAUUUACAGCGGCCUCCCGGCCUCGUCCCGCCGACACAAAGCGUACCCUGUCCUCAAGCGGGUGGCGGAGAAAGUCAUAGAAAAGCACAUGAUCGCGUACAAUGGCAUGAUUAAAAAACUGCAGCUGGACAAGCGUGGGGACGACACAAGUUUCGUCACGACGGUGGCCAUGGAAAUCUUCAGCGACAACGUCACCAACUGGGGCCGCAUCGUCAGCCUGAUAGCGUUCGGUGGUGUCGUGUGCAAGUACCUGAAAGAUCACGGACAGGGCGACUGCGUGAAUAAUGUGGCAGACCAGAUCAGCUGCUACCUGCUGCAACACCAGAGGGACUGGCUAAACCGUAACAAUGGCUGGGAGGGAUUUAUAAACUUCUUCUACAUGGACGACCCAGAGUCCACUGUACGUAACGCACUUGUGGCGUUUGCAGGAGUCGCAAGCCUAGGGGCUGGACUUGCUCUGUUGAUGAGGUGAUUUCAAUGAUUUAUCAGUGGAGCAGUCAGAAAACAGUUGGCCUGAGCCCCAGAUCAUGCACAGUAAUAGUGUCCAAGGUAGGAUGCCAAGACUCAGCAGGUCGACUGUCAGCCGGGUGCAGAUGCAGGUGUGGAGUAGAGAUGGAGCAGCAAGGCAGUGUUGGGAGGGAAGAAAAACUCUCCAUUUGAUCUUCAUAUGCUUGUCAAGCAGGUGACGGAACUGAAUGAGUUUGCAGUGCUCUGAAUUUCAUGGGACUCCUGCAAACACAUUAACUGCAUAUGUCAUAAUCCACCUUUUUUCUGGAAGUGAGAGUUGGUCACAAUAAGGAACAUUGCGUGUGACAAUGGAUUAUUAAAUUUAUUUUUCUAUAAAUUUUAUUAAAGUAUUGAGUAUUUAAACCUGCUGUAUGUUUGUAUGUCUUUAAGCGAUUGAGGAAACGAUGCUGCUACAGCAAGUAUUGAAAGAUGUCAAAAUCCUCACCAGCAAGAACACAAUUUUCUUGAACCAACAAUGAACAUUUGUGUAUAUACUCGCACAAAAUUCUGUUUUUGGGGUCUUCCCUGUGGUGGCAUUUUUGCAGAAAUUUUCCUCUCUUGACCCCUCAAAAGCACCUUGUGUGAUCGUACAGCAGUCCUCCUCAUCCUACCCACUGAUCUGCAGCUCUCUCUUGUGCUUUGUUUUCUGUCACCGAGUCCUUUGCUAGCACAGGCUGUACCGUCACAUUCCUGAGCGCUGUGUAUGGAGGGGUUCACACCCUCUCUGGCUUGGCUUUACUGGAAAUCCUGCGGAAUGUCUGGUUUCUGCCAGCAUGCUCCUCUUAGGCCUCUGCAACUGUGCCUUGAGCAGAAUAACCCUUCCCCAAUUCUUUGAACACCCCCCCCUCCUCCAAAUGCCUUCCCUCCCAUGUAUUAAAGACGAAAAUUAUAAAGAAUCCUCUAUCAGUUUUAUCUUUUUCAUAUGGGGGGGGAUCUAAUUUGAGAGAGGUACCUGCUGGUACUGCAGUUUGCAUUGUUGCAGCUUUACCCGUCCACUCAAAAACCACUCAUGUGACAGGUAAACAUCCACAGGCUGGAUCUUCCUCAUUCCUUUAUGUUCUUGCCCACUGAUGCGGUGCUUGCAGUCAAGGCCCAUGACUUGUGUUUAUUUUGUGCUUCCUGGUGCUCAUGGCUGAGAACUCCAGAGCUUCCGGAUAAAGCAACUUGAUCCGGACCACAUGAUUGUUCAGCCUUAAAGAGGAAGUGUCACUCCUACCCGUCAUCUGUGGUGUUACUUGCCACGUUUUUUCCACCCGCAGGUAAUUUUGCGGAAGUUUAUAUUCACCUGACGCUUUACCCAGCAUGUUCGGAAGGUUGCCGCUCAUCAGUGCCCUCCUAGCUUUUCUGAAAGAGCUUCUGCUUAAUCUGCUCUCUGGGAUUUGGGCUUUUCCACUUGCCGUUUGCAUAAUCACUGUACUAGACUUUGACCUGCAUUUGACACCUGGUGAUGUUUUGCACUGGGGCCCCCCACUUGUUUCCAGUUGGUGAAAAUAAGAGGCUCCACCUUCAAGGACAAAAUAGUAAAACGUGACACCAGACUUUCCACUUUCACCACCCCUAGAAAAGCUACAGACAGUGAAGCUAAAUGCAGUUAUGAGUUGUUUUAUAUAUAUAUAUAUAGAGAGUUGUGUGAUUUUCUGUUUGUUACUGGAAUGAACGGCGUAAGUGAUUCCAGCGGAACAACACUAUCCCACUGGGUCUGUUUGGAAAAAGAAAGAAAGAUGGUUUUUCUAUGGUUGUUGGACAAGACAAAAACAUAAUAGAUGGUCUUUAGGAGAAGGGGUCCAGCGUCAGGCCUGAGCUCGGCACACCGGAGGGCGGAAACUCAGAGCCAUCAGCUUUGAGGCAAACAGAACCCGUUUAUAUAGAACUGGUAGAAGCAUCUGGUAGAAAAAGAACAGCCAAUAGAGUGUGUGAAUUGCUGAGUCUGUGUAUAUAUAUAUAUACGUGUAAAAAAAACUAUUUCAGAAUUGUAAUACAUUACAUUAUGCUCACCUUGUACAUGACCAAAAAAAUAUAGGUAUAUGUAAAUAACAAUGCAAAUACGGUAUGGACUUUUUUGACAUUUUAAUUAAAGAACAUGAUGUAAAAAAAAAAAUCCAGAGAAAUAAUAAAUAGUUGCUACACAUCCAA